AUGUUGGAUAUGCAGACACAAGAUUGUGAUGCUGAAAAGAAUGGUGAAUCUAAUUCACUUCCUCACAAGUCACCCAAGAUAUUAGGCAGGAUGAACAUGGUGUUAACAAGACAAAGAAAAAAGAUUUCCUUAGGUGCGGACCAUGUCAAAAUGGGAAAUAAAGUUGCAACCCUUGGAUCUGGGAAAGAUUUAGUAUCCAAGAAAUCUGGAUUGGGGAACUCAUGUUGUUCCACAAGCUCUACAACAUCCCUUGAAUCAUCUUCUUCAGUUUCUGUCACUACCAGUAAUGAUUCAUCAGCUUCUUGUUCUCCAUCUGGUAGUGCUUCGUCGUUGAAAUCUUCCUCAAACUCGAGAAGAAAAGCAGAUUCCAAGAAAAGUAGACUUGCUGCCUCUAGUUCAACCUCCAAGACUCCUCUCAGGUGCUUACUAGGAGACAAAAUUGUGUUGGAAAAUCCUGGUUUGUCUUGGGUUUGGUAG